AUGUGGCAAAUGAAGUUCAAUGUUGGCACUCGAGUCCCAAGCGUGAGACCGGUGGAGCUCCCGCUCCGCGCCAAACGGGGCGUCGUCGCAGACAAGAGGCCGACCAGGGCCAGGGCUGCCCCUUUCCGGGCGACGACGCUUGGCGCCGCCCCUCGCCCUGCCUUCCGCAGCAUGGGCGGCUUCGAGGAGGUCCCGACGGGCACCUGCCAGGAGAUGUGCCCGGCCGGCGAGCUAGCGCUGCGGCGGCGCCAGGGACGGCUGCAUGUCUUGGAGCGGGGGCCGCCCGAGCAGGCGGUGAAGGAGUACUCGCGGCCGGCCGCCGGCAAGGAGCGCUCGCGGCCCGAGGAGCUGCGUCCGCCGCCGGUGCUGCUGGCCACGGUGCGGCACCUCUUGGGCGAAGCGGCCCGCUGGCGUCCCGACGUGUCCGUCGCCGAGCAGUGCGCCUUCGUCACUGACCGCCUGCGCGCCGUGCGCCUCGACCUCACCGUGCAGCGCGCCUCCGGCCUGCCCUGCGCGGCGGUCCUCGAGCGUUCGCUCGUCUACCUGCUCCGCGCCGGACACCAGCUCUGCGGAGAGCCGCCCGCCCGCUUCGACGCCCACUUGCACCGAGCCCAGGUCCAGGAGUGCUUCGCUGUCUUGCGCCGCGCCUACCGGGACGAGGAGGAGGACCGCGCCGCCGCCGAGCCCCUCUUCCAAGCGCUCUUCUUGCUAUACAACCUGGGCAGCCCAGAUGCUCUCUGGCAGAUUUUAGGGCUCCCCCAUCACAUCCGAGCCUCCCCUGAGCUUUCCACAGCACGGGCGAUCAGCUUGGCUUACUUGGAGCGCAACUUUGCCCGCUUCUUCCGCCUGGCUCGGGAGCUGCCCUACCUACAGAGCUGUGCCCUCCAUCCGCACGUGGCCGGGGCCCGCCGCCUAGCCCUGCACACCUUCAGCCAUGGCUUCAGCAGCAGGAACUGCCGCUACCCUUUGGAUUGUCUGGCCCGCCUGCUGGCCACGGACAGCCUCAAGGAGGCUGAGGCAUUGUGCCAGGCACAGGGUUUGACAAUACUGGAGGGAAGUGUCGUCUUCCAGAAAGGAUCUUUCAAGGACUCUGAUCCCCUAAAUCACAGGCCUUCCUUCCUGCUUGUUGAUGGGAAGUGGGGAGAGACCACUCUUCAUGAGUUCACAGAGGGUAUCUGUAGCUGAAUGGAGGGACCAAUGUCUGCUCUGAGGGGCGGUGUUGGCCCCCUCAGCCCAAAUUGUUGUAUCUACAUAGGUGGCAAAGUGACGUGGGAGAAUGGAUUCUUCUGCUUCCGUGAGGCAGAGUGAUGUAGGCCUCAUCCAGAGGUCCAGGGAAGGGUGGAACCAUUGAGUGACUUCAAACAACCAUUCACCUCACCGGGACAGCUUCACCGGUAACCGUUGUUGGGUACCUGCUCACCCCUUCCUUCUUUUCUGUAGAUUGGGAGGGACGGCUACCACACACGGUCCUGUGGUUCAAUACCCUGCCAAGGGAGCUGCUAUCGUAGCCGUUAAGCUAAGAAGAAGCCAUGGGCCUCAGGGCUAUCCAGUAUCAAAGGGUGCUCUUGCUUUCUCUUCAGGCCCCACAUGCCCUGCUUUGGCGGUGGGAUGUGUCUGGUUGCUGGAAGCAAUUUUGCCUGCCUACACACUGCUAGAUGCCUCAUGCAAGGUGUCAGUUAUCAAAGACUGUUAAAUU